AUGGCGACCUCCAGUGUUUUUAAAGUGGGUCUGUUCAGUCACAAAGUAGCAAUAGUGACGGGUGGUGGAACAGGAAUAGGAAAGGCUAUCACAAAUGAAUUGUUACAGCUGGGAUGUAAUGUGGUGAUAUCCUCCCGCAAACUGGACCGCCUAGAGGCUGCUGCAAAAGAACUGUCUCAGAAAAUUCCCUCUUCCAGCUCAGCCAAAGUGACCCCCUUUCAGUGCAACAUUCGCAGUGAGGCGGAGGUAAGGAACUUGGUUGCCUCGACACUGAGGCUGCAUGGGAAAAUUGACUUCCUGGUGAACAAUGGUGGUGGCCAGUUCCCCAGUCCCGUGGAUCGGAUUAGUGUUAAGGGAUGGAACGCUGUGAUUGACACCAACCUAACUGGGACGUUCCUUUGUUGCAAAGAAGUGUACAAUGCAUGGAUGAAAGAACAUGGCGGUGUAAUUGUAAACAUCAUUGCUGAUAUGUGGAAAGGUUUUCCUGGAAUGGCACACACAGGAGCUGCAAGGUCGGCUGUAGACAACCUGACCAAAAGUCUGGCUAUUGAGUGGGCCUCCAGUGGGGUCAGAGUCAACUCAGUGGCACCAGGAACCAUUAUUUCCAAAACUGCAAUGGCCAAUUACAAAGAACUUGGUCCCGUGUUAUUUCAGAAGUCUGUGUCUUUCAGUCCAGCUAAAAGACUGGGUGUCCCAGAGGAGAUUUCUCCAGCUGUUUGCUUCCUCCUCUCGCCAGCUGCUUCCUAUAUCUCUGGGGAGACUCUAAAGGUGGAUGCAGGCCAGAGCCUCUAUCAUUCCAUGUGGGAAAUCCCAGACCAUGAUGCCUGGCCUUCACCUCCGGAGGGGGAGAACACAGAAGUUCUGAAUGAAAUAUUGAAAUCCAAAUUAUAACACUAUAGCAAGCAGGUUAUAAUUCUGUCACAAUCCUGCCUGCUAGGCUACAUUAGCCAACCGGGGCAGUGGAAGAUCAGUCGAGUUCAGCUCAUUGGUCUCAGUAUUUGCUUUUAAUGUCCUUUUGCAGCUGUGACACGAAUACCAUUAUCCUUGAAAAGAACUUUUUUUUCAACAGUUCGCUAGUAUGCUCAAAUAUUACAGAUUUACAGGUUUACCAAGCCAAACUGAUGUGCAAGCACUAAAUAUUUUGAAGUUUAUGAUGACUUUACAAGGACUGAUCUGUGAAUAGUUAGAGAUUGAUUGUUCAUUUGCUGGAGAUUUUACUAUCUAUAGUUUAAUACGAUGAAUAAUAAAUUUCUGUUUAAUUGUGUCAUGUAGAUCUCUGAAACACUUUGCCUUAAGGAGAAAUGGAACUGCAACCACGUCCUUUGUGCAACUCACCAUGUAUGUAACAAACAGACUUCUGAGACACUGACUUGUAUAAAUUCUGUAA